AUGAAUGGCAAAUCAGCCAAUCAGUGUACUUGGCGUCUGUUUCUGGGUAUCCCCAACACCACAUUUGGCGACAAGGAUAUUCUACAACCCGACAUUGCAGAAGCAGACCAGCAGCAACAGUCACUACGAGCUCCGCCCAUCAGCGUGCAGCCACCAUCACCGUUCCUGCAGUUUCCCGGCGAUCCUCCAGUCGAGUGGUCUCGAUGGUAUCAUGCAUUUGAAACAUAUUUGCUCGCCGCAGGUCUUGAAGCUUUGCCUGAUCGUCAAAAGAAGGCUCUUUUGCAGCACUGCUUGGGUACAGAGGGUCAGCGUUUGUUAGCCACCCUGUACGUCCCACAACAGCAACCAGCAAACGACGAGCAACAGCCUGCUGAAGCACAACAGUAUCAGCGCACCCUGAGCGAACUCACAGCACACUUUGGCACAGAGGCAACCGUGAUCACAGAGCGACAUCUAUUCCGUCAGCGUUCACAGGCCGCAGGGGAAACCAUUAAGCAAUACGUCUCUGCCCUCCGCCAGUUAGCAGCGAGGUGUCAAUUUGGCGUUCUUCAUGAUCAAAUGAUUCGUGAUCAACUUAUUGAAAAGACGUCUUCGGCAAUUAGGAAACGACUUCUCCUCGAAAAGGAUGAUUUGUCAUGCACAAAAGCACUGGAAAUCACCUGCCAAGUGGAAUCCGCAAAGUAG